GGGCCCAAUGGUCGGAGAAGGCUGUGUGUGCGAGCAAGGCCGGGAAAAAACAUGGCGGCGCCCGUCUUGAGAGUGUCCACCCCUCGAUGGGAAAGAAUAGCCAGGUUCCUCGUUUGCCUGUUAGGAAUACUGCUGUCCGUUUACGCGUUUCAUGUGGAAAGAGAGAAAUCUCGGGAUGCGAACUAUCGGGCCAUGUGCGACCUGAGCAACUCUAUAAGCUGUUCCAAAGUGUUCGGCUCAAGAUGGGGUCGAGGAUUUGGCUUGUUGGGGUCCAUCUUUGGUAACAACAGUGCAAUAAAUCAGCCAAACAGUGUCUAUGGACUAUUGUUUUAUGUCUUUCAGCUGUUAUUAGGCAUGACUGUGAGUGCGAUGGCCGCCCUGAUUCUCAUGACCACGUCCAUCGUCUCAGUGAUGGGCUCGGUGUACCUGGCCUACAUCCUCUACUUUGUCCUGAAAGACUUCUGCAUCAUCUGCAUUACCACAUAUGCACUGAACUUCAUUCUACUCGUGCUCAACUACAAGAGGCUGGUCUACUUGAACGAGGCCUGGAAGCAACAGCUAAAGCGGGACUAAAAGGGGGGAAAAAAUGAAAAUACAAGGAUAAAAAAAAAAACAACAACAAAACAAAUGUGAUCUCUGAACAUUUGACUUGCCACCGGGAGACCUUGCUUCCAAACCAGUGUCUAUUCUGCAUAAAUGUGAACAUGAAAAUACCCAAUCUGAAGAAAAUGAAAAUCCUAGGGCCGCAGAUCACAAGUUCAUUUGCAUUUACAAAGGAAGGAUUUAAAACAGAUUUAAAAAAUGGGGUUUUUUUGUUCAGUUUUUUUUUUUUUUGGUUGGUGUUCUGUGUUUCUUGCUCAUGAGGGAUGGGGCCAGAAUAAGAGGAGUCAAAGAAAGAUCUACAACGAGAGAAGAUCUACAGAAACAGAAACGGCUACAAGUACAGACAGAGGAAAUCCUGUGAAGAACAACGCGAACAGGAGAAGUAUAGGGAAGGCAUAGGCCUAUCAAAUGGUGCUUACUUGAAUCCAGUGGAGAAGUCUUGUUUUUGUAGAGCUGUACAUCAACUGAAUUAUGAGCUUUUUAAUGAAUAAAAGUGCAUGAUCAUGAGGUUUAUGUACAGUUCAUAGAGGUAAUUCCAUUAAAAGACAUACAAAGGAUAGAAAUGGUUCAAACAAAUAAAUUGUCUUUUUUUUUAUGUUUACAGUAUUUUUUUUUUUUUUUUUUUGAGUAAGACCACUAAUUUUAAACUAUGGGAGAAUUGUGAGAUGUUGGUGUGUAGAUCAAAAUCUUUGUCAACUACAAUUUUGUUUUAUCCUGCAGUUCUGUAGGUAGAUAUUGUGUUAAAGUUACAUGGAAAGUUUUUUUUGGUUUGUUUUUGUUUUUUUUGUUUUAGUGUUGAAAACAAACAACAAAGUAUAGCAACCUUACUUCUGACAAGUAAAAACAAAAAUGUUUGACUUGAGAUGAUUUCAUCUUACGAUUGUGUUGUAGAUCUGCACCAAGCUCUCACAUUCCAGUUUUUACUCAUCGAAGCGAUUUAAUAGGCAUCUGUUAAGUUUAGUCAUAAUUUGUUUAAAUUGCGCCUAAGAAAGAGUAAGCUCCUUCUUAGUCCUAGGUCAGGCAUAGUGUUCGUUUGGGGGAAACUCGGAGAUCACAGUUGUGAAAAGGCUAACUUGUGAACCGGUCUGCAGCGCAGUGCGUACUUCACUCCACCCUACCCUGCUGAGACAGCUCUUCAGACAAGCUCCCUUUUCUGUACUCUACUGUAAAUAUUCUUGUAUGUCAUCAUUCCUGUACACACAGUAACAUUCACUAGAGAAUAAUGUGCCUAAAAUUCUUUUUUUUUUUGUCCUUGACUUGAAAUGUGUUGUACUUAAAAGUAUUUCUUUGUG